GUGUGCUGCUGUGUGAGUGCUUGUGUCUCCCUCUCGCCUAUCGCACACGCUCCGGCACUAGUGCAGGCGGCUCCCGGCUCCGCUUGUUCGCUCGCUUGCUCCGGCCGCUUCGCUCCCGCUUAGCCGCCGCCGCUGCAGUCGCAGCCGGGUACGGUGAGUGACUGAGGUGCAGCCACCGCGCUCCCCGACUGCCCGCCAGACCCCAGCCUCAGCAGACUACACCGCACCGGGCCGUUCGUCCGGGUGCCUCCCGCAGGGGCUCUGCGUGCACCCUCGGGCCACCGUCCCAGCCAGGACGCACUCCUCGAGGGCUGCGCACUCCUUCCCCUCCCGGCCGUCCGCUGCUCUCCGCACCCCGUGACCGCUGCCCCGUCUUGUCCCGCAGGACCUGCCCGGACGGGACCACGCCGCCGCCGCCGCCACCGGGAACAGCGCUUCGGGGCCGGCCUGAACCGAGCCGCGCGGGGCCGCCGCUGCCGCGGGCGGGGGAUGGGGAUGUCCGCCAGGCGCGCGGAACCCGCAGGGGGAGCGCGGAGCCGGCGCGCAGCCUGAGAGCCCCGCGCAGCCUGCGCCCCGCUGCUCCGUGCGCUCCCGCCGCCACCCGCGCCUCGAUGGCGCCAUCGCCCCGCCGCUGACCGGCCCGUGUCGCUCGCUCAGCCAGCCCGCGCUGUCGCCCUCGGAGUCCCGCCAGCCGCUGGGGCAGCGGCCUGCAGCCCGCGUCUGCCCGCGCCCUCCCACCCGGCCUCGCCAUGGCGCUGCGCCGCCUCCUACUACCGCCUCUGCUGCUGUCGCUGCUGCUGUCGCUCUCGUCCCUGCACCUGCCGCCUGGCGCUGACGCCGCCCGCGGCCGCGCGGCUAACCGGACCCUAGGAGCCGGAGCCGUCGGGGGUCGACGUUCCGGAGGCGCCCUAGCCCGCGGCGGCCGCGAGCUGAACAGCACCGCCCGGGCGUCAGGCGUCCCGGAGGCGGGCAGCCGGCGGGGACAGUCCGCGGCGGCGGCGGCAGCAGCAUCGGCCAGCGCGACCGUCACUUACGAGACGUGCUGGGGCUACUACGACGUGAGCGGCCAGUACGACAAGGAAUUCGAAUGUAACAACAGCGAGAGCGGCUACCUGUACUGCUGCGGCACCUGCUACUAUCGCUUCUGCUGCAAGAAGCGCCACGAGAAGCUGGACCAGCGCCAGUGUACCAACUACCAAAGCCCAGUAUGGGUGCAGACGCCCAGCACCAAGGUGGUGUCGCCGGGACCCGAGAACAAGUACGACCCGGAGAAGGAUAAGACCAACUUCACCGUCUACAUCACCUGCGGGGUGAUCGCCUUCGUCAUCGUAGCGGGCGUCUUCGCCAAGGUCUCCUAUGACAAGGCCCACCGCCCGCCGCGAGAGAUGAACAUCCACAGGGCUCUGGCUGACAUCCUAAGACAGCAGGGACCAAUCCCCAUAGCACACUGUGAAAGAGAAACCAUCUCGGCCAUCGAUACCUCUCCCAAAGAGAACACACCAGUCCGAUCAACCUCGAAAAACCACUAUACCCCUGUGCGCACGGCUAAGCAGACUCCAGGGCAUUAUGGGAAGGAUGCUUACCGAAGUGGAGGACCAGAUCUCCAUAACUUCAUCUCAUCUGGAUUUGUCACAUUAGGAAGAGGACACACGAAGGGUGAUCGUCAGUAUAACCAUCCAAUCUUAAGCAGCGCUACCCAGACCCCAACACAUGAGAAGCCACGGAUGAAUAACAUCUUGACGUCAGCCACCGAACCCUAUGACCUCUCCUUCUCACGAUCUUUCCAGAACUUAGCUCACUUGCCUCCAUCAUACGAAUCUGCAGUGAAGACCAAUCCAAGCAAGUACUCAUCUCUGAAGAGGCUGACUGACAAGGAAGCAGAUGAGUAUUACAUGAGGCGGAGGCACCUGCCAGACCUGGCAGCCCGUGGCACCCUUCCCCUCAACGUCAUCCAGAUGUCUCAACAGAAGCCAAUGCCUCGAGAAAGGCCACGCAGGCCCAUCAGGGCCAUGUCUCAGGACAGGGUCCUGUCCCCACAGAGGGGCUUGCCUGAUGAAUUUGGCAUGCCCUAUGACCGAAUCUUGUCAGAUGAACAGCUGCUCUCCACAGAGCGCCUGCACUCCCAGGACCCAUUGCUGUCCCCAGAGCGGACGGCCUUCCCGGAGCAAUCGCUGUCGCGGGCUAUCUCGCACACGGACGUCUUUGUGUCCACGCCAGUGCUAGACCGCUACCGUAUGACCAAGAUGCACUCCCAUCCCAGUGCCUCCAAUAACUCCUAUGCCACCCUGGGCCAGAGCCAGACAGCAGCCAAGCGCCAUGCCUUUGCUUCCCGCAGACACAACACGGUGGAGCAGCUGCACUAUAUUCCAGGCCAUCAUACCUGCUACACAGCCAGCAAGACCGAAGUGACCGUGUGACCCGCCGCCGUGUGGCCAGGCUGCUUGGCAGAGAGAAGGCAGGGCAGAGCAGAGCAGGGCAGGGAUGAGGAGCACAGCGUCCAGCCUUGCUCUCCUCUCCUCACCGGUUCCCCCAUUGGAGCUGGAGGUGGACUGCCUUUGUCCAGAAAGCCAUACCCCCCAGGGACAUGGCGCCAAAUGCCUGGUCCAAAAAGCACAGACCCAGGCUCUAGAGCUCUUUCUCUCCCAGUAGAAUCCUCCCCAUGCAAAUGAGAAGAGCGGUGAGGCCCCGAUCUUUCCUACCACCUGUGCUGCUCCCUCAGUCCUCGCCGCCCCCACCCUUUCCUGGAGACUCAGUCGCAGGUUCUGCCAGCCAGUGAACCCUCCCUUGAAGGUAAUCCGAAGCUGCCUGAGUUUGAACAGCCAGUCGGCCAGCGGGUGCAGUCAGUGGGCUGACCGAAUAGGCUACUCGGUCUCCUUCCUCUAUCUAGAACCGCAUCACAGAAAUCUCUUAGUGCCUAAAAACUGCCUGCUCGCUCUCAGCCAGAGAGCUGCUGUGUCCAUAAGCACAAUAUGAUUCUCUUCUGCCUGCUGGAACUCUGGUCUCUACCGAGUGGCCCUUCCCUCGCUGAGCCCUGCAGCCCCACAACAGCAAGGGUUCUCUUCCUUUAGCUGCUUGGUUGCCCCUGCCCCUGUGCUGUGGGGGCUGUGCUCUCCCAGCCUUCACUGAUUCUCCUCAAACCUCUCUGGGGCUUUAGCUCUUGCCCACUACGAACGAGGGAGCAUUAGCUCCUGCCCUCCAGAGAGUAGUAGCGAUGGGUUGCCAGGACUUUAAAAGUGCCUUGGCAGCCACCUGGUCGCCCCCCCCCUUCCUCCAGGCCAUUGGGUCUGAACUAGGACCUCCUCUCAGGCCUGCCUUCUUCACCCGAGCUCUGCUCCCAGGAGGCACCUGUGGUGGGCAGAGAGCUAGGGUGGGGGGGCCACUGUGAUGCCCAGGAUCUCAGGGGCUCACCAUUCCCAUUUUCUAGGGCUCUGCCUGUCCCUACCCACGAGCCUCAGGCAGGACAGAGGCAGAAGUUUCCAGACAAAAGAAGCUUAGCCCCUGAACAGGCAGGAGCUCUCUGACGUGGCCCUGCCCGGCCCUGCACACAACGUUACACCAGUUUUGCCCAUUCCACCGCCUUUUUCUGUUUAGAACUCAUUCUCUCUCCCUGUGCCCCCCCACCUACCUCCCCAACUCACCCCCGCAGCUUCAUUACUUUCCUCAAACCAGUGGAUCCAUGGGACCAAGACCCAUUGGCAAAUGCAAAUAAAUAAUGGUGUCCCAGGAUGCUGUUCUGGGGGCCAAAUCAACUCCUCCUCCUCGCAGGGGCACUCGGGCACCCCAGCCCCCUCUUUGCCUCCAAUCUGAAGGUGGGCAAGGUGUGACCAGCUACUGGGAAACUAUCAAUGAGAGCAAUCAUCUACCCCAAGAUCAAGAGGAGGAAGACACUGAGUCCCCCUUUCUGAGGGCCAGGGCACCCCUCUGGUCUGGGACUGGGAAUAAUCAGCCCCAGACUGCUGGUGGAGUGACCUAAGAAAUGGAACCAUCGCUUACUAGACUCCCGCAGCAAUGCCCUUAAGUCAGAUUUUAUAUCCCCUCAGUUUGCAUGGAUAGCCCUUGAAAAGAGAGGUGGUGAAAAGCUUGUAUUUGUCCUGGUCAUUUUUAAUCUGGCCAAGUCUAGGAGUCAUGAAGAAGUCACUGGACUGCUUCCACUCACUGCUUUCAAGAGCUGUAAGCUCUCCUACACCCCUCCCCAGAAUGCCCCAACUGUGAGAGCAGGAAUGUUCCAUAGAACACAGAAGGAUGGAAGCUGGGGUUUCCAAAGGCAGGCCUUAGUCUCCCCACUGAGGGGGUGUCCUUGGCCACUCUGCUUUCCUCCCUGCAAACACGUAAACCUUUUUAAGGGCUGGUUCCCAUGGGUCUAUGAGCUUUUGUUGCAGAAGGUAAGGCUUACAGGGAAGAGAAGAACUCAAUCCAAAUAGAGAGUGGCUCACUUACAGAAGCAAUGGCAUGUCUCACAGCUGGCCCCCAGCCCAGCACCAUGGAACUCUCUAACCUUAGCUGGUCCCUUUGAAGGCCGUGUGCUGGUGGGAAGGUGAAAGUUUGAGAUUGUGGUGGGUAAGAAUUCCCUCCUAGGUGUUUAGACAUCCCAUGGAGAAUCUUCCAGACACUCAAUUCUCCACCUUUUGGGGUACAAGAUUUUACCCCAGGCUCUUCCCCUAGCCUUGACUCUGACAAAGGCAUCUCUCUGUCUAUCUUCCUGUCAUCUGUCUGUCUGUCUGUCUGUCUCUCUCAGGGGUUGUUUGAUAAGUUGAUUCCAAACUACUGCUCAUCCCUGCCUUAUCACCUUCUUGUAUAAAACACCCGGGAUUGGUUACAUCAGAAAAUUCUAAUGGAAUGCUUGCUUCUCCUGAAGGCUUUUCUGCUUCAUCUUUGGAAGCAGAGGAAUAGUUACAGAGAUGGAAGUCUAUAGACCACUCUAAUCCAGUUCCCUACUCCAAACCCCAGAAAACUGUGUCUUAACUGGGACAUGAAAUACACUACACCUCCUUCAUUCUGCAUGACUCAUUUAAAUUACCUGUAGUCAACCAUUAUCCAGAAAUAUUAACAUUUGUCAUUUUGAAAGAGUCCACAAUAACAUAGCAUUUAUUACAGUAUAUUCUUAUGCCUUGUCCUAUUUUAUUAUUAUCAAUCUCUUCCUGUGCCUAAUUUACAAAUUAAACUUUAUUGUGUGUGUAUGUAUAUGAAGAAAACAUAAUACAUAUAGACAGUCUCCUACUAUGUGUGGUUUCAGCACCCACGGGGAUUGUUGGAGCUUAUCCCUUAGUGACAAGGAAAAACAACUAGAUCCCAUUAACUCACCCAUCACUCCAGAACCAGAUAGCUAUGUUGCUGUAUGAACUCACUUGAGAGUAUCUGGGGCUGGAACCCAGAUGUCACUGCUUCAAGCCCAAGCAGGCUAGUGUUCUCUGUCACUCAAAGGAGGGUCAUGGCUCCCUCAUGAUAAAUACUCAUGUCCCAAGCAAAAGAAACUCAAGGUUUCCCUUUGCUUGUUUUGUCCCUUCGUGCAUGUCUCAACUACCCUGGGCUGGGGUAUGUACAGGUCUUACUUUCCCCAAGUGUUCUUCCUAAAGACAUCUUAAAAACCCUAUCUUUCCACCAUCCUUUCUCACUUCCUCCAGUGAACUCUUGGCUCCAUAUAUUUAUGAGCCACAAAAGCUUGCCAAUAAUUCCUUAACCUCCUAACUGGACUUUGAUCUUCAGAAUUCCCCCAGUACCUUAGGCAAUGUGUUUCCCUUAAAAAAGUUCCAGUCCUUUCCCCAGCUGAAAUCUUUCCCUCUCUUUCCACUUCCAUCUUAAACUUCCACACCAGUUUCCUCGUGCCUUCCCAUCAUUUCCCUCUACAAUCAUCAACAUCCUUCUAGCCCUAGUUUCUUUCACCUGGACCUGCUGAAGUCUCUAGUUUUAAGAACUGGAAUUCUUGAUGUAAACUGUGGAAGACUCUGGCAGUGUUCGAGUCCUUUGUUUGCCUCAUUAGUUUGUUACACUUCCUCACAUGGGAAAUGUUGCCCCAAGGUGUGAAGUCAUGGGCUUCCCCCAUCCCUCUGAUCUCUGUAAGGAAAGGGAAAGAGUUGCCUGAUCAGAGGUGCCAUGGACAAAAGAUCAGCUUUGGUUCCUGCAGCUACCAGACUCAAGAAGCUCUUGACUCCGACUGCUACUAGCCCAGAGUCUUCUGCUCUGGCCAAAGAUUCAUCCCCUUUGAUGCCUGUAGCUCUUGCUUCUAUUCCAACACACUUUUUCUAGUGGACAUCACAGCUUUCCCUUCAUCCAAGGAGCAGUCACCCCAACAUCUCUGCUACCAAACUCAACCCAUUGCUUUUGGAGAGUUCUUAGCUGCCACUUGCUUCAUCCCUAAUUUCUUCCACAAAUGUCUGUGGACUGGACCCAACAUCAUAGUUUGAAAGGGAUGCCCAUCACUUGGACCCUAGAAGGCACCUGCUCUGAGAGGAGGAGGGACUUUAGCUCCUACACAUCCUCUGCCAUCCUCUCUGAGUCUGAGGAAGUGGGAGAUGUUUUCAGGAGGCUUGCUGUGCUUUAAUGAAGUAUUUUCAGGGCGUAAGAGUUAAUUUUAACGUGACACAUCUUGGUAGUAAGUUUAACAUGAAAGAUGAAAGACAAGUCUUCCUAGUCCCUCUCUUUAAUUUUGGAAAGUGGCAUAUGAGAGAGAGAGAGAAAAGAGAGAGAGAGAGAGAGAGAGAGAGAGAGAGAGAGAGAGAGAGAGAGAGAGAGAGAGAGAGAGAGAGAGAGAAGACUGAGGCUCCAGAAAUAUGACUUCUAUGUCUGGCUUUUGUCUCCAUCUUGCCAUGUGACUAUGGGCAAGUCACAUUCCAGUUCAGUGCCUCAGUUUCCACACCUAUAAAAUGAGGAGCUUUGACUAAAUGAGCCCUCAAUUUUUCAUUCAACUCUUACCCUCUAGGGUUUUCAUUCUCCACUCUUUCCUGUCUCUAAUUCAUCCCACUUCAACUGGGCUGCACCCAACACACUCUGCUACCCUGUGGCAACAUCCUCAGAGGUCCUAGACAGCCACCAGAUUGCUCACGAGAUUUUAGGUGGAACCAAUGGGCUCAGCCACACAUGGAUACUCUUGUAUUUGAAAGUUAAGGUCUGACCACUCAACAGGUCAUUGAGCAUGUGCCUCAGAAGCCUCUCAUAUAAACAUACCUAAACCACCUGGGUGUCUGUUGCUGUGAAAUGUGAAAUUGUAAGUUUGGAGUUUUCAUUUAUGGUGUCCUUAUAGCUGGAGGGAGGUAACUCUGCUUUCAGAGAGGGAACAGGCUGAAAAAAAAGGGUCUAGAUGUCUGACCAUGACAUUUGGGCACAAUUUGUAUUUAAGGUCAGAUGGAUAAUUCAUUCUAUGUCCCAAAGGAGCACUUUGGCAGAGGCUUUGUAUGGCAAGGGAUGCCAUCAUAUCCCAUGCCACAGCAUGCAUUCUGGAGACCACAUCAGGAUGCUGAAGCUCCAUACCAACUGGACAGGAUGAGGCAUCACCACCUGGGCUUCUGGGAGGCAGGUUUACAUCCCAUCCCAAUAUCUUUGUGGCCCCUCUUCGUGAUACUAUCCUCCUCCCCAUGAAGGCUUGUGAAGCACCACUGGAAAUUCCAAGUCACUGUCAUCAAGCCCAUCUUGUAAAUCGCAAACACAUCAACCUUCCAUCAUUCAGAAAAAUAAUACUGUGAGUUUGCUUAACAGUCCCCCUCAUGUGGGAGGAGAAGAUCCUGCUCAUCUUUGCUGCCAACCCUCCAAUGACCCUCAGAUGCCGCUCCAUUAAGAGGACUCAUUCAUUUGCUUCAUAGUGGCAAAGACAUCUCUAGUCCUGUAAAAUCAACUAGACAUUUUGUAGUAAAGAAUUCUUGAAAUUCUCUAAUAAAAGGCAAUUCUUACUGUAACAUUUUUAGUUGGGGACACAAUUUCCUAAGGGGGGUGCAUUAUGGAACAUUUUUACUCAUUAGCUGGAUUUAUGGAUUCUAUGUUUAUUAUAUGGUAGUAGUAUGAAAAGUACCUUUCUAUCCGUACCUCUGCAGUUUCUCCAUCACUCACAGUGCCCCUCAUUACUGCUUCUGUACAAAUCUCAUCAUUCUCCUUCGCUGUCAAAGCACACCCUAUAUGUACUGUAAACAGAGAUUGCUUUAGUGAGAUUUAGUCUUAAGGAUUUUUCCACUUUUGUCAGUAACAGUUAUUUAUGGAUCAAAAAAUAAAGCCGUUUCAACAUAA